AUUGGCUGACAGUCCUUCCACGUGAACGGUUGUCUAUUAACUUGUACCAAAAGUAUCUGGAGUUGUCAAGGCUCCGGCGUGGAAAAGGGGGCAAAAAAAAGCUCAAUUUUGUUGAUUCUUUUGAAGACUUGAGAAGUUUGUGGGCAAAACAGGAGUGAGGGGGAAAUAGACGAAGUGGAGAACUGCAGAAAAACUUACCCCAGCACGGGCUGAAGGGGGGCUGCCGCAGAGAGCGCUUGGACUUGGUUUGUUUUUAUUUUUGUUUAGUUUUUUUUUUAUUUUUAUUUUUAUUUAUUUUUGUAUUUUUUCACUUGCCAGAAGUUCUACUACUUCUUCUGCUGGUGCUUUUUGUUCUUGGUCGAGUGGAGAAGGUUUUUGACAACGAUUUCUAGAUGUAUAGCAUGAUGGAAACCGAGCUGAAGCCCCCGGCCCCUCAGCCGAGCACUGGGGGCACGGGGAAUAGCAACAACCCUGGGGGCAACAAUCAGAAAAGCAGCCCAGAGAGGGUCAAGAGACCCAUGAACGCCUUCAUGGUGUGGUCCAGGGGCCAGCGCAGGAAGAUGGCCCAAGAGAACCCCAAGAUGCACAACUCGGAGAUAAGCAAGAGGCUGGGGGCCGAGUGGAAGCUGCUGUCCGAGUCCGAAAAGAGACCCUUCAUCGACGAGGCCAAGAGGCUCCGCGCACUGCACAUGAAGGAACACCCGGAUUACAAGUACAGACCGCGGAGGAAAACCAAGACGUUGAUGAAGAAGGACAAGUACGCGCUUCCUGGUGGACUCCUCGCACCGGGUGGCGGCGGGGUGGGCGUCGGUGUUGGGGUCGGCGUUGGAGUUGGCUCCGGCGUUGGGGCCGGCAUGAACCAGAGAAUGGACGGCUACGCGCACAUGAACGGCUGGAGCAACGGCGGCUACGGCAUGAUGCAGGACCAGCUCGGGUACGCGCAGCACGCCGGCCUCAACGCGCCCAUGCAGACCUCGGCCACGGCACCAGUGCACCGGUACGACAUGAGCGCGCUGCAGUACGGCUCCAUGACCACCGCGCAGACGUACAUGAACGGCUCGCCCACGUACAGCAGCAUGGCGUACUCCCAGCAGCAGAGCGGACCCCCCAUGACACUGCACGGCUCCAUGAGCUCCGGGGUGAAGUCCGAGUCCAGCGCGAGCCCACCGGCCGUAGUCACAUCUAGCUCGCACUCGCGCUCCGCCGCUGCCCAGCCGUGCCAGACGGGUGAUCUGAGGGACAUGAUCAGCAUGUACCUGCCCGGUGCGGACGUGCAGGAUCAAACGGGCCAAAGCAGACUGCACCUGUCCCAGCACUACCAGGGCGCACCUGUGCACGGGACGACCAUCAACGGCACGCUGCCCUUAACGCACAUGUAGAUGGACACUUGGACCCGUUUUACACAAACGCGAAAACACUGGGACUGGACUACUACUGUUAUUAUUAUUAUUAUUAUUAUUAUAAUUAUUAUUAUUAUUUUUGUACAGAACUUUUCUUUUUGGUGAGGGAAAACUUGUACAGGACUCGAGGAAAGAACACAAACAUUUUUUCUUUGCUUUCGUUUGAAAGAAAGCAAGUCAUGCGCUAGAAGAAACGGUAGGAACCGUACAAAAAUUAUUUUAUUUUUUAAGUGUGUUUUCUUUUUUCUUUUUUGAAACAUACAAAAGGGAGGAGGGUGGGGAGAAUCAAUCAAAUGAUGUUUUAUUAUUGCAAUCAACGUUUUGUACAGUAUUUAUCAAAAACAUAUAACAAUCAGUUGUAAUGUUUGUAAACUACAAAAAGUGAUUUUUUUUUAUAAAAUCUAAAUCAUGCAGAACUCACAAUGCUUAAUGCUCCAGUCUCUGCAAACCGCUGGAAAAAAAUAUAAAGCAGGAAAUGUUUCUCCUUGAGGGUGAAAGACAGUACAACAUUUUUUAAUUUAGUUCUAAAAGAAAAAAAGAUGAAAUACAAAAACACUCGCACGUAAAUUUAUAUAUUAUUUUGUUUUGUUUUGUUUAGUCCCCAACCCUCCAUCUGUUAGAGAUAUGAAGUUUGUGUUCUUUAUUUUCUCAUGGCUUGUAAAUUUUCUGUAUAUUUACUGUGAUAUUUUAAGUUUUUAUUUUAAAAAAAAUUUAACUCUUUUUUUCCGUAGUUGUAUUUUUAAAAAUGUGGCCUGUACGCAGAUGCCAACACUCCAUGUAUAUAUAUAUAUAUUUGAACUAAUAGCACCAUAACAGUUACAAUUUCAGUAAGAGAGUUUUUUUUCAAUAUGCAGUUUGAAAUGAAUAAAUUUUUGAAAUUUGGAUAUUUGAAAUUGUUUUGGGUUUUGAUUUUAUUUCUUCCUUUUGUAGGUUUGUUGUUGGUUUCAUUUGCUUACCUCCCACUCAGGACACAAAUGAUUUAAUAUGCUUUAAUAGUCAGUGAUGCACAAAACAAAAAACGAAAACUGCAUGACCAUCUUCUCGGUUUAAAAAAUAUGCGGCUCAUUUGACUGACUGUGGCUCAUCGGCUCUUCGGAGGUUUUAUUCUCCUGUAAAUCUGCAUUUUAAUGGGGCUGGCUGAUAAACCUACCAAAAAGGCUGAAAACCCACCAUGAGCAGAAUUAGCGCUGAGAAGCGGUUGGGAAGCUGGAGCUGUUGGAUGGUUCAGCAGCAGCAACAGGUGCAUGGGAGGAUGUGGAAAACUGGCAUUGAAAACACGCACAAGCAAUGAUCCAGCAGUCCUGGAGAAGUAAAAAGGUGAUGAAGACUAUGCACACCCACAGCCAUGGUCUUGCCUUACCCACAGUGCACCUCUCUGCUCCGGGCACAAGAUGAAUCCUCCACUACUCAUGACCAGGAGUGCAGGUCAUCAGAAAUUAGCCACCUGACAUCAGUUUAUUUGUCUGUUUUUAUUUUUAUGUAUAUUUUGUAUGAAUAUGUGAAACAUAAUAAAAAUGUAUUAAAAUAA